CCAAAAUCUCAUAGAUCGCCGUCGUCAGUCCAAGGGGUUGGUUGACCUUUAUACUAAAUAUUUACGAUGCAGAGGUAUGCAUCAUUAAUAUUUAAAUGUAUGAACAGAGUUGGCCACUACACUAUAAGACUUUUAGUUAAAUAAAUUAGAAAUAGGAAGUCGACAUUUGAUCUAUAUAAUGAAUAAGAAAUGCUUAUGUAUAUGCUUACUAAUUAAUCACAUAGAUAAACUUUUAAUCAGGAGGUAAGCCUUUCAAAAUUCCACGUGAUUUGCACGUGCUUUGCAGCAUUCCACGUGAUUUGCACGUUCCCUCGCUUGCACGUCUAUCAAACUCGUGUAUGUCUAUCCUUGUCUCCCAACAUUUCUCUUAUUUUUUAAUUAGUGCAAUGACGUAGAAAACUUAUUGCAUGUAUAUGUACGUCAACAAGUGAUCAUUCGAACAUACUCCUGAUUGGGGAGAAAAUGCUUAACCCCGUGUCAAUGCAUGUCCACUCGUGACCCACAUACACUUCACCCUAUGGUAUUAAUUUUAAUUUAUAUCCCAUGGAUAUGCUUUUAUAUUUGUACAACAGAUAAUUAUUCCUUCGAUCAAAAACAAUUUUAAAUUUUUUUAAUUUUUGUAUUAGUGUGUAUAUAUAAAUAGAACAAAACUUGAGUGAGACAUAAAUAAACCAACGAAAGUAACUCACUAAGCCUAAUCCCAACCCAUAAUCUGUCUAAAGCCUUUUACCAAAAAAAACUGUAAAGCCAAGAUGUGUGCACUUGUCCCUCCAUUGUUUCCCAAUUUCGGCUGGCCUUGCGGAGACCAAGGCUUCUAUGUAAACGACGACGUAGCCAACACGUUUCUUGAUUUUCCAUUGCCGGACUUGGAGGUGGCUCAUCAGAAUGUGUCGUCGGAGAGACAUAGAACUUCAGGGUUAGAGAAUCCCGUCGUGAUGAAGAAGCUUAAUCACAACGCGAGCGAGCGUGGUCGUCGCAAGAAGAUCAACGCAAUGUUCUCAGCGCUCCGUUCUUGUCUCCCAUCUACCAAUCAAUCGAAGAAGUUAAGUGUUUCAGCAACAGUUUCACAGGCCCUAGAGUACAUACCAGAGCUGCAAGAGCAAUUCAACAUGCUCAUAAAGAAGAAAGACGAGCUCUCGUUUCGAAUCUCGGGUCAAAAAGAUCUCCUUAACACUAACCAAAAUGCUAAGCCAGAGAAAGGGGUCACUGGUUAUGCAUCAACGGUUUCUGCAACUAAUCUAGGUGAGACAGGUUUAAUGGUCCAGAUUUCAUCUUUACAGACUGUAAAGUGUUCGUUCGGGAACGUAUUGAGUGGACUAGAAGAAGAUGGGUUGGUUCUUGUGGAUGCUUCAUCUUCAAGGUCUCAAGGAGAGAGACUCUUUUACACUUUGCAUCUUCAGAUGGAUAAUUGCAAUCUGAAUUUUGAAGAGUUACGUAGUAGGUUGUUGUACUUGUACGAGAAAUGUUGAAACUCAUUUACCUGAUUCAAGAAAAUAUUGUAUGUGAUUUGGUUUUGUUUUCUAUCUCUCUCUUUAAAACUCGAGGUUAGAAAUAGUAUGAACCUUCUGCCUAAUCAAGAAGGCUUUUUA